UGUUAUCGAUUGUUUGUUAAUUUAUUCAUACUGGGCAGUGGUGAAUACAAGGAAAGGACGACAUAAUGUCGAUGACGACGACGCGUACUGGCCACUCUCGGUUGAUUCUCUUUCAAUUUUUAUUGGCAAGUUUUGUACGAACGACGCGAACACGAACGACGCCAUAGUUAAUUAGUUAAAACGCGUUUAUUAAUCUACGCCAUACUUUAAUAUCCCUCGUAUAUUUUUGCUUCCAUUUGAUUUCCUUUUUUUUAUUCUUUCUUUCCUAUGAAUUCGAAAAUAAUUUUAUCCAACUUACUUUUCGUCUAUAAUUCAUCGAAUUCGAUCUAUGUCCGACAUCGAAGAGGAUCUUGCCGAGAGGCGACUCAAAAUUGUUCUCCUCGGUGAUUCCAGUUCUGGAAAAACGAGCAUCGCUUUGAAGUUUUGUACCAACGAAUUUACGAGACAAUAUACUCCAACAGCUGGUAUUGAUUUCUUUUUAAAAAAUAUCACCGUUGGUUCUUAUAAAAAUGUUAAUCUACACUUAUGGGAUGUCGGAGGACUUGCUCUUCAUGGCACCAUGUUAGACAAAUACGUGUUUGCAGCUAACAUCAUUCUUCUGGUAUACGAUAUAACAAACUCAUCGAGUUUUGAAAUACUCGACGAAUGGACCAAUAAGAUUCGAGGAAUGAGCGAAAGUAUAGAAGAGGCACCCUUAAUGGCAUUAAUAGGUAAUAAAUGUGACAUGGAACAUCAGAGAAGUGUUAAAAAAGAUAAAUCGCAUCGUUAUGCAGCAGAAAAUGGAUUUCCAUAUUACGAUAUGUCUGCUAGAACUGGUGAAUCGGUUUCCCUGUGUAUCGUAAGUCUGGCUGCACAAGUUUUAGGUGUAAGAUUAUCAAGAAAUGAUCAAGAUUUUCAUAAACCAAUAAUAAUCGCUGAAAUAGGAGACACCGUGGAUAUGAACACGAUUCAUAAGGUUGUAAAAAGAUUUCCUAAUAAGAGACACAAUCCAAUUUCCUUUCAUUCACAUUUUCCCGGUUCUAAAUCAACAGUUUGCACAUUACAAUAAUUUGUAUUAUAAUAUUUAUAAAUUAAUUUAAUAUACUAAUGAACACACAUAUACAUAUGUAAAGAUAGUUAUAUAUUUAUUAAAAAGAAAAAAAAAAACAUAUUCAAUGGACUGAAGCUAAUAACAUAGCUUUUAUAUGUAAA